GAUUACAGCGUAAUAAAAAUGGUUAAAUAAUACUCAACAAUACUUAUACUUAUCAGAAUAUGCCAUAAACAUGUGAAAAUAAACUCAAACCUUGCGAAACAAAACUACUGAAAUCAUGAAGUUUUUAAAUGCAUUUUUAACUAUUUGUUUGUUCUCCACGGCGUUAUUGGGGGACUACAUAGUGUUUAAAUCGAAGUAUUCGAACUCCUUUAUAUUUCGCGCCAUUGCAGACAGCACAGUUCACGCCGGUGUCGGGCUUUUUUCGUCUUUACUAUUUUUCAGUAGAGGACAGAGUAUUUUGUCCAAUACAUGCAUUUACAACGUAAUUUUGUGCACUAUAGUGUCCUCACUAAUUGAUGUGGACCAUUUCAUAGUUGCUAAAUCUAUAAACUUGAAGGAUCUCACCAAUUUAAAGCAGCGUGGUAUCUUUCACUGCACUACAUUCUGGGUUGUUCUAACAGCUCUCCUAUUAGCAUUAAGUCGCAUAUUCAAACACGCCAACGCCUACACAACGACCUGGAUGCUCAUUGUAGCGUUCACAAGCCACCACAUCCGGGACGCGAACAGAAGAGGGCUCUGGUGUUAUCCGUUCGGACAUACUCCGCCUAUUAGUACUCAUGUGUACGUAAUAUUACUUGGAACGUUGCCAUACUUGUUUUCGGUUAUGUAUAACUUUAUGAAGCCUGUGUUAGUUGAAAAGCCGAUUGAUUAUACAUUAUUGAUUUGAUAUCUUGAAACAUUAUGCAAAUUACAUCGUUACAAAUUGUCACUUAGUAAGCAAUAAAUAAUUUGAAUUUGAAAAAUUAGUGAAAGUUAGUGGUGAAAAAGAUAUUUCGAAUUUUAAACUGUAUUUCAACGCGAAAGGUUAAAAUUAAUUAACUGUAUAGUUAAAAUAUGGUACAGUCAGCAUCAAAUAGUUUGUGACACCCAAA